AUGACUCACUGUGCCGAAUAUGAAUUAUUGCAAAUUAAAAAUAGAACACUCAAUCAGAAUUCAAAUAAAGAAUCUGAAGAGAAAAUUAUAAAGAAACGUGCGAUUGAAACGCCACCUACUGAAAUACAAUUUAUAGAUGGAUCAUCAGUUAAUGAUCUUUACCAAACAGUUAGUAAGCAGACAACAAGAACCGGAACAGGCGGCGUUCAGUUUCCAACCAUUGUGUUGCGCGGGAAAGAUGGCAGGGAUGGUAGGGACGGUCUACCUGGACCAACAGGUCCACCUGGUGAAGCCGGAAGAAAUGGCAGGGAUGGAACACCAGGAUUGCCGGGACCACAGGGUAUACAAGGAAAAGCAGGUGAAAAGGGUGAUCGUGGUCAGCCUGGCUAUUUAUACGGAGCUAAUUGCGGAUCAAUAGGGAAUACGUACAUUCGCUGGGGAAAGAGAGCAUGUCCAGCAUCUGCAGAAUUAGUGUAUGAAGGUGUUGUCGGUGGUUCUUGGUACAACGACGAAGGUGGUUUAGCCGACUUCCAGUGCCUCCCGUUGGACCCAGUACUACAUCGUCCUACACCACCAACUCUACAGGAAAGACGAUCGUACAUAUACGGCACCGAAUACAACACUCUCAAUUUUGCGCCAUUCCGCGCGCUACACAACAGAGGAGCGGUUUGCGUAGUGUGUCGAGUGGCCCAGCGCAGCACCGUCCUAACUGUUCCCGGUACCAGCAUAUGCCCUACAGGCUGGCUCGCUGAAUAUGACGGCUACUUAAUGGCUAGUUCUUUCGAGAAUAAAGGCAGACAAAAGUCAAUCUGUGUCGAUAAGAUGGCCGAAGCAAGACCGAAUUCACUUCCAGUACAAGAAAAUGGCGCAAUGUUAUCACCUAUUGAAAGAGGUGCAUGUGACCGGAGCUCUCUUCCCUGUAGAACGUAUGCACGCGGUGCGGAAUUGACAUGCACCGUCUGCACGUUAUGAUUUUGUUUUUUACUACAAAUAUUUUUGAACUAAAACAUGAAAACAUCUUAAAUUAUUAUUUACUAAAUACGUAUCACAUCUCAAGCCAUUUUUAGAAAGGAAAAUAAAAUUUGCAAUCGUACAUUGAUUAAUGCUGUUUCAUAAAUUGGAUAUCCAAAUUUAACAUGACCUGAUGCGUACUAUAUUCAUUCCUAUCUAAAGCCAUCUCGUAGUUGCAAGUGUUGUAAAAUACAGACGAUAGUAUACAUCCUUUGAUUGUAAUUCCCUGAAUUUGAUAUAGAUAUACAUACUUGGAACUAUGAGAUGGCACAAUCAGUUGUUAUUUUGACAUUGCUUGGUCGACGUCCUAAAGAAACCUUGGUGUUAUUCUAGGUUAACUACUGGCGCUUAAUUAUCACACCAUCCAAAACAUCACGUUCCGUCAACUUGGAGAUUAGGAGCGUAGAAUAAAUGAGUGUGAAUAAUGCAGUGUUGUAUUCACCAAUCCACUCCCAUUUUAAAUGCUGCAAUCCCAUAAUAUCAACGUUAUAAUUGAUGUUCACAUUCGAAGACUGGCCACAGAACCUAAUGAAUGUUAAGUAUGGUUUUCAUAAAAUCGCUACACUGUCGCUAGCGUUUUAAUUGCAAUCGUUUGCACUGUGUAACCGUCCUCACCUCAUCGGGAAUGUUCCCCGACCAAUUGGCGUCACAGAAAGCGUAGCAAUUUUAUGGAAAACACGCUUUAUUCAGAUGACGUAUUGAAGAGAAAACAUUUGGUUGGGGGCGACAAAGUAAAAAAAAAUUAAAACUCAAUGGAAGGUAGAACCAGGAAUGAUAUUUCAAUAAUGUAAUUUUCUUUGGAAAUAAUUGAGUGUUAUAACUAGAAGUACGACCAGUAAGCAGAGAAAAUGGAGUGGGAUAUUUAGAACGCGUUAGAUAAAUGCGUUAUUAAAAUGUCACUCAUUCCAAAAUUAUUGGCUGGAGAGGUGAAUUUGUUAGUUAAUACGUUUAAAGGAUAAAAUCACUCAUUUUGAAAUUAUUAACUAAUAGUGAUGCUUAGAAUGCGUUAGCCAAUGCGUUUCAAUAAUGAAAAGUUUCAACCCGUUUUAUAAUAUUCUUCUGUAAUUUUUUAAAUAAAUACUUUGUACAUUUUUUACCAAGGAGUUAACUCCGAAUUUUGAUAGACAGAUUACAAUGUGAAGUAAGAAUUUUUGUUUUGUUUUUUGUUUUUGCAAUAAAAAGUGUUUAAUCCACGUUCUUGGGGUCGUCAGUGUAUAACAAUAUAUAUAAUUGUAAUAUUGAACAAUGAAGAAAUAAGUCCAUCAGUAUACAGUACUCAUCAAUUGCGCAUGACUAUGUCAAAGGCCAAUGUACAUCAUACGACAUAUCACCUGCACUUUUAUACCGUUGUUACUAUGCAGUUGUUGACCUAAAGCAAAACUCUCCAAUAAUUAUCAAUGUAACUCUACAACAUACAGAUGGUGACAUACGCUGUAUGAUUGGCUUCUUGGUAUGUCCUGACCUUUGACAUUAGGUAUACGCACUUGAAACUAAGAAAUUGUUGAUGCAACAAAAAAUAACAGUGAAACAAAUUGGUUUUUUAAGCAUCAUUUGCGUUAUACGGUAUGUAUUAUUUUUAGUGAAAUAUUUGAAUCAAUUGACUUGUAUUAUUAAAUGUAAAUAAAGUACCUUUUUCAAAUA